AUGAGUCCAAUAGAAGGACCUCCGUCGACUCGGUCGACUCUCCCAUGGGUCUGGGCUAAGCCAGGCUCGGUUAUGAAUUUCGAAAGUAUCUCGGAAGAGCCUGGCUCGUCAACAACCACACGACCCCCGACUGGCCGGACUCGAGGCUUCACUUCUUCUUCAGGACGACAAACCGUCAAAUGGCCCUUUCACAGUUUCAGCAAUUCUCGAUCUUCCAUCCCCAACUACGCUCGUCGCCCUUCCAACUCACGGUCUAUCCCGCAAAGUUCAGGGUCAUUUCCUCGCCGUGCUGCCGGCAGCAUCAGCCGUUCUGUAUCUAGCUUCCUCGGCAGCGACAUCAUUCCCGAUUAUGUGAUCAACUUCAUGCGGGGCGAGACGCCCGAGACUCUCGCUCAAAGGCAUCGUAUUCCAGAUAGCCCUGAGCCGGGUCAGUUUCAUCGCACCCAGCCAUCUCAGCUCGAUUUCUCGCCGGAGAACUCGAGACCAGGUACUCCAAGAGCCGAGCAGGAGAAGAUGCUCGUGGAAGAACGACCAGUACGGAAUAGGUCUCUCAUGACAGGAUGGAGGGCUGGAGUUGCUACAAACAUGGUUCUAGCCUUUUUCGUUCUUGUGGCUUCUGUAACUUGCCUCGCCCUGGCCUCCGCCAAGGGGCAUAUGGCGACCUGGGAGUCGACGUUGAUGCAAGGCAACUCGGCCACAGUUGAGGGCAUUUCUCGGGGGAUUAUGGCAGCCGUCAACAUCCUUGCUAUUGUUCUUAUUGCCGGAGCCAACUACGUCGUUCAAAUUCUCAACAGCCCGACCCGCGCCGAGUUAGACAACGCCCAUCAGAACUUUGAGUGGCUCGACAUCGGAAUUCCUUCGUUGCGAAACUUGUCACUCAUUUCCUCAACCAGGGCUACGCUAUCCGGAAUCAUGAUGGCGUUUGCCCUUGCCUCCCAAGUAAUAUAUAAUGCCAUAAUUAUUACAACCGAACAGUCCGACAAGUCCAAAUCAUCGCUCAAUGUCAACGGGCCUCUGCUAGCUGCCAUCACACUCGUUAACCUUGUUCUCAUCUUCACCUACGCUAUUGCCAUUGCUUUGGCUCUUACUCGACAAUCUUUCAACCCGCUGGUUACGCUUGGCGAUGCACUUACCUCAUUCCUUGCGGACCCCGACUACAGCACUCAGGAUUCGUGCCUCAUCACUAAGGAGGAGGUUAAGAAAGGAUUGUGGGGUGACCGAGAGGGCAAAUACUGGUAUUCACAGUCCAGCUACUGGUAUAAUAUCCCUUCACCUAGCCGAUGGACUGUCUGGAUUUUGACGUGGAUUACGCCUGUGGGCUUGACAGCGGCUGCCCUGGCCCUGGGAGCUAUGGACGACCCAAAGAAGGCGUUCUCGACGUUUGGCAAGGCGACAGUGGUAUACGAGCUACCGACAGGAAUGUCACGGCCUGGCCUGGCUAUCGUCGCUGCGCUGCCUCAGCUUCUUUUGGGUAUUCUUUACCUCUCAAGCAACGCGCUGCUGACAUUGUUUUACCUGUCUCACGAGUUCUCGCAGUUCUCGUCAGACCUUUUGUCUUUCCGUGUAUCUUCCGGUGAACCUCUGGGUGCACAGACAACUUCUCUUUACCUUACCCUGCCUCGACCCGUGUCCUGGAUGCUCUUCUUCCUGAUUACAGCCAUGGCUUUUCUUCUAAGCCAGGGUGUUCUGCUCGUGUCUGUGGACGGUAGUCAAGGUUCGACUACAGGCAUUGGGUUCAGCUCGCUGCCAUUGCUUAUACUCCUUGUGCUGCUUCUGGCACUGGCAUCUGGCGUUGCCACCCUAUCUCUCCGAAAGGUGGAUCCCCGGGGUACCGUAGAGAGCGGAGCCCCGGCCGGCAACCCACUCACUUUGGUGGGUGGAACAUGCUCGGCAGUCUUGAGCGCACGAUGCCAUCGCGUGCCGAGAGAGAACGGCGUUGAAACGCUUCAGGUUCGAUGGGGUGUUGUGCGAGAAGGCGUGGGGAUGAAUGCAGGACACGCAACCUUUUCUGGACGUCCUGUGGGAGAUAUCAUGGUUGGAAGAUCUUAUGCAUGA